AUGACUCCCAAAGAAGAGCCAUCGCCGAUUUUGUCAAAACGGUCGAUUUUGGGUGACUCUUGGGUUCCCAUAUAUGAGGUUCCUGUUGAUUUUGAGGCUCCACACUUCGACACUGCUAUGAGUAACCUAAUAAGAGAGCCCAAUAUCAACUCGACCGUCAUUAUGAGAGCUGAUAUUCUCGAACAAAGCAAUUAUGACGACCGAGGAAAGCUUCUUUGUACGAAAACAUUUCACUUGAAGCUUCCUACUCUUCCAGCGGACGAGAAUGGCUCACAGGAGCUACUUGCAAGAGACCUAAAUGAUGUCAAGCUUCGAUCAGUCCCUUUUGACGGACUGAAAGUUGAGCUCCAUAAUCAUUACAACGUCAUUCGUCGCAUGAUACCUAGGAACCCCUAUAAAGAUCACAUUAUUAACCAAACGUGCUUAGUUCUUCGAGGUAAGCAGUCACAAACAGUAUUGGUGGUGUAUAUUCCUCACAUCGAGAGCAUUGAAGAAGUACCUUUCUACCUACCUCCUGUUGUAGCCGUUGGCAUCUUGUACCAUGAAGGAAGUCUUCUGAUUCACUAUGUGCCUUUUAAAAGCAUGCGCUUGAGAGACAUGGAUCCCACAGAGAGACCCUUCAGAAUUGCAUUAAGACUACUACAGACAUCGGCUAAACAUUCACUUGGAGCUAAGCUAGGGUACGAAAAACGAGUGAAACAUGAUCUUGUUGUUCCUCGUGUGGCAUUUCAAAAUCGUUAUAUCGCAUUGAAGAAGAAGUACCUGAGUGAGCUUGUGGCUAAUUGGUGCGAGAGUACUGAUCCAAAGAAACAUGUCUUCGAAGAUUUGGCUGUAGCAGCAUUUCUUAUCGAGCUCUGGAACGAAAGGUAUCCAGACGGUGACUUUGAGUUUCGUGACCUCGGGUGCGGGAAUGGGCUUCUUGUUCAUAUCUUGAUUCUGGAAGGAUACAAAGGUGAAGGUAUCGAUGCUAGAGCACGAAAAUCUUGGAAGACAUACCCCCAAAAUGUUCAAAAAUGCCUCUCCGAAAAAAUCAUCAUCCCUAGCGUUCUACUAAAGCCACAUCCUGCCGUGGCAAAAAUGGCACCACACAUCACAAACAAUGGUCGUCUAUUUCAGGUCCCUGAAGCUGAUUCUGCUCAUCCCAAGCUGAUUCCGCUCAUAAAAUACUAUUCUUCUGCUAAUCUUCUCGAGUCAUCAAAAGUGUGUACGAUGGAAGAGUUCCCACCAAAUACAUUUCUCAUCGGAAAUCAUUCGGAUGAGUUGACAUGCUGGAUGCCAUUGUUCAAUUUGCCAUUUGUGGUGAUACCCUGCUGCUCUCAUGCUCUUAGCGGUGCAAAGAUCAGAUACAAUCCCAGAGUGCAAUACGAUCCCGUCACUAAAGCCAAACUAGCCCCACAAAAUGUGUCCACAUAUGGUGCGUUGGUGGACCAUGUUGAGGAUUUAGCCUUGAGAAUGGGGUGGAAUGUUGAAAAAGAGAUAUUGAGAAUACCUAGCACACGUAAUGCUGCUAUUAUAUGCAUCAACAAAAGAAAAUCAUUCGAAGAUGAGCCCUCUGACAUCACUGACAUGAGAGUUAUUGAUAUUCUAGCCACUGAAGGUGGUGCCGAAGGCUGGGUAGAGAACUCAAUGGCAUUAAUGAAAAAAAGCCCUAAAAAUCACUGA